GGUGAUCACGUAACAAUUUCAGAACCAAACAUUGGAAGGCAGAGAUGCUGUAUGUGCUGAUAGAGGCGGAGAGGGCCCGGGUCAAGAAGCUGCAGAGAGAGGAGGGACCGAGAGCACUGCACUCUGGAAGUCUCUCGGAAGACAGAGGAGGCCGGGAGACAGAGCAGUCCAGCCCAGCCGAGCUUGCCCAGCGCCACACCCAGGAGCCUGCGUCUUCCCUCUCCCAGGCCCAGAUUCCAGAUUCAGAAUGGUUCCUCUUGAGUCCACGGGAGAUUCUGGACUGGGCGAAAACCUCUACAGACCCUAGGAUUGCCGUAGGUCAGCAGUCCCCACUGGAGAAAAAAAUCUUGAAUCUGGGUGGCGUGCAUACAGCAGCGGCAAGACAGCUGAUAACUCGGAAAUACCACGAGGAAUAUGAAACAUUGUGCAGGGAGCAAGCUCUUUCUCUUGACCACUGGCUGGCCAAAGCGGAGUCUUACUAUAAUAAGAGAAUAAUGGACAUGAUGAAGGAGCAAGAGACAGGCCAUGAAGUCAAGAAGAGAUUGGAGGGGAAGACGACCCACAGGCUAGAGAGACCAAAGCAGUAUUACUUGGUUCCGGAGAGAGAGGUGAAACACAUAGAAAGGCACAUUCAGAGAGCAGGUUGGGUCAGAGAGUCUAAGAACAAACCAGGUAAACAAUUGCCACGGCCCCCUAGUGAGACAACGUUCCCCAAAAUUGUGCCAGAAGAGCAUGGUGUCCUGAGCGCCCAGAGAAGAAAGCAGGUAAGCGAGAGGGAACAGAUGCAAAUCCAAGGUCACCAGGAACGCAUGCUUCGGGGGAGAGAGCUCGCGGAGCAAAGGCGCAAGGAGCGAGUCUUGAGGAAAACCCAGAGCCAUCUGCCAACACGAGAGAGGCGUGGGAGAGCAAGGAGAGAGAUCAAAGAGCUUGAAAGUGUGACUGCGUAUCCCCUUUUCCAGCCACGCGGUAGAAGCCGGAUUAAAGUGAAUAUCCUUAUGGAAAAGAAUAGAGAAGAAGUGCCUGCCAUCAUAAAACCACAUCAAAGAAAAUUCUUAACCAUGCCACCCUUUCUGAGAAGCCAAAUAGGAAAAAUAAAAGACUAGUAAAGUUUCAGUGCUUUGAGAAUAAAACCCUGUGUCUUAAGUGAA